AUGACCCCGCUCGCUGGACACUCCGUGGAUGACCAUCCGCACUGCCGCUCUUGCGUGUUCAAGUGGAAUGAUUGGCGGCACAAGCACAACGUGGUGGCCAUUUCUGCUCAGCGCUUCAGCUCGUGCUAUUUCGGGAAUAAUGAGGCUAUCUUCUACGUCCUCACCAAGGCAUCGAAGCAUGGCACUCUUAAGCUCCAAGCAAGCAGUUCCAAGUACUUGGGAUUCUUUACCAGUAGCGUUGGUAAUGACUGCCUUAGGGGGAUGAAGGUUGCCAUGAAGGUUGAAGGCCAAUCAGCAUAG